AUGGAACCACCAUGCAUUGCUAACAUUGCAAGAGCGAGCCAGAGUCUCCUUGCAAAUUUAUCAGUUCGAUUAGUUGAUGGGGACAACCCAUUUGAAGGGCGGGUUGAAGUGUUUCAUAAUGGUUCCUGGGGAACAGUUUGUGAUGACGAUUGGACACUUAAGGAAGCCAACGUGGUUUGUCGCCAACUAGGGCUGGAUGGAGCCUCUUCAGCGGUCGAGGGUGGACGUUUUGGGAAAGGAAGUGGAAAGAUAUGGAUGGCUCGGGUUAAAUGUUUUGGAAAUGAAAGAAGAUUAUCAGAUUGUUAUUUUCCUGGGUGGGAAAUACACAGUUGUAUGCAUUAUGAAGAUGCAGGAGUAAUUUGUAUGCAAGUUCGACUAACUGGUGGAAGUAACCCAUUUGAAGGGAGGGUUGAAGUGUUUCACAAUGGCUCCUGGGGAACAGUGUGUGAUGACCAGUGGACAAUUGAGGAUGCUAACGUGGUUUGUCGCCAACUUGAUUUCGAGGGUGCUUUGAAAGCAGUCGCGUCUGCUCAUUUUGGUGAAGGAACUGGAAAUAUAUGGAUGGGUGACGUGAAUUGUGUUGGAAAUGAAAGAAUAUUGACAGAAUGUAAACAUCAGGGAUGGGGAAAACACAAUUGUGGCCAUAGUAAGGACGCAGGUGCAAUAUGCAUCAUACCAGUUCGAUUAGCUGGUGGAAGUAACCCAUCUGAAGGGAGGGUCGAAGUAUUUCACAGUAGUUCCUGGGGAACUGUGUGUGAUGACUAUUGGACAAUUAAGGAAGCCAACGUGGUUUGCCGACAGUUGGGUUUCGCGGGUGGAGCUUUGUCCGCGAUCACUUCUGCAGGUUUUGGUCAAGGACCUGGAAAAAUAUGGAUGGAUAACGUUGAUUGUGAUGGAAAUGAAAGGAGAUUAAAACUGUGCUAUCAUGCUGGUUGGGGACAAUAUAAGUGUGACCAUGUUGAUGUUGCAGGCGUUUUAUGUAUCCCAGUUCGAUUAGCUGGUGGGGGCAACCCAUUUGAAGGGCGGGUUGAAGUGUUUCAUAACGGUUCCUGGGGAACUGUUUGUGAUAACCGUUGGACACUUAGGGAAGCCAACGUGGUUUGUCGCCAACUAGGGCUGGAUGGAGCCUCUUCAGCGGUCGAGGGUGGAGUUUUUGGGGAAGGAAGUGGUAAGAUAUGGAUGGAUCAGGUUGAAUGUUUUGGAAAUGAAAGAAGAUUAUCAGAUUGCUCUUAUCCUGAGUGGGAAAUACACGACUGUAGCCAUUUCGAAGACUCAGGAGUAAUUUGUAUGCAAGUUCGACUAAUUGGUGGAAGCAACCCAUUUGAAGGAAGGGUUGAAGUGUUUCACAAUGGCUCCUGGGGAACAGUGUGUGAUGACCAAUGGACAAUUGAGGAUGCUAACGUGGUUUGCCGCCAACUUAAUUUCGAGGGUGCUUUGAAAGCAGUCACGUCUGCACGUUUUGGUGAAGGAACUGGAAAUAUAUGGAUGGAUGACGUGAAUUGUGUUGGAAAUGAAAGAAAAUUGACAGAAUGUAAACAUCAGGGAUGGGGAAAACAUAAUUGUGGUCAUAGUAAGGACGCAGGUGCAAUAUGUAUCAUACCAGUUCGAUUAGUUGGUGGAAGUAACCCAUCUGAAGGGAGAGUCGAAGUGUUUCACAAUGGCACCUGGGGAACAGUUUGUAAUGACGACUGGGACAUAAAGGAUGCCAACGUAGUUUGCAGCCAACUUGGAUUCGUGGAAGCUGUACAAACUCCGAUUCCCUACGUAUACGGUACAGGAUCUGGGCAAAUAUGGUUGGACAAUGUAAACUGUGUGGGAAACGAGAGUUCACUAGCAGAGUGUGAUCAUAACCAGUGGGGAACACAUGACUGCUCUCACUCUCAGGAUGCAAAUGUAGUUUGUGUUCCAGAUCCUCACUAUUCGCCUCCUACUUCUCCUAAACCUAAAGGUAUGUACUUUAUUUUUAUUGCGAAAAAGUACCUGCGAACAAAUUGUGGCGAAAAUGCUUUCUCUGAAGGACAAGUUUGCGUUCCAGUUUCAGGUGAAAGAAAUUCACAGCCUUUUGUCAUUGCCAUUAUCACUUUGUCCCUCGUGUUAAUCGUGGUAAUUGGCCUCCUGAAGUGGCAACAGAGGCAAAAAGUACGCGCUGAGAGGAGAAAUGUUGAAGCACGUCUGCAAAGACCUCGACAUGCUGAUACUGCAAUUCGUUCUCCAGAGUACGCACAACCGACUGAACAACAAGAACACACAUACGAGAAAGUGUUUUCAGGAAAGAACACCAAUCUUACAUCCCAAAAUGCUUAG